GUAACAAUUUAUUUCGGCCUAAUCCCGAUUCAUGAUCGGAGUUUGACCGAUAUGAACGGCUUCGUAUCGCUACUUCUCGGGCUAGAAGAUCACGGUACCUACCUUAGUUGGGGUAUCUAUCUUUCUACGGAGCCGAUUUAUUUCAUCAUCGCAAAAUGACAUUCGAUGAAAGUUACGACGUCGUAGUUGUAGGAGGUGGGAAUGCCGGAUUUUCGGCUGCUACUACUGCGGCUCAGUCCGGUGCUCGGGUUUGUCUAGUUGAAAAGGCUCCGUUUGAAGAUGCGGGUGGGAAUUCAUUCUACACGGCUGCCGCGUUCCGGUGUUGUUUCGAUGGUAUACGGGAUUUAUCACCUCAUCUUUUUCAUUCUGAUGGCACGAAGGGCUUGCCUCAAGAUCUUGUUGAUAAGAUUGAAAUGAAGCCUUACACGGAAGCUGAUUUUCAUGCUGAUAUUAAUCGGGUUACUAAAGGUAGAGCUGAUCCGGUACUGGCUAAGACACUCGUGGAAAACUCGAGGGAAGCGGUACAAUGGCUCAUGGACAACGGCGCUCAAUUUAUACCCUCAUUCAAUCGACAGGCUUAUUUUGUCGAUGGGAAGUACAAGUUUUGGGGUGGCUUGGUUUUGAGUAUGGUUGGACACGGCAAAGAAUUGUUCGAAUUUCAUCUGAAUACUGCGAAGAAACAUGGUGUAACCGUCCAUUUCAGCACCCCAGCGAUUGAUUUAAUCACCGAUCCUACGACAAACGAGGUACUUGGUAUUAAGGUCUUCAGUAACGGUAGAAUCAAAACCACUGGAGCUCGAGGUGGUGUCAUAUUAGCGAGUGGUGGGUUUCAAGCAUCUCCCGCAUUGCGAACGCAGUAUCUAGGUCCUGGUUGGGAUCUUGCUCAUGUUCGGGGGUCCAAGUACAACACGGGCGAUGGCCACAAAAUAGCCGCGAAGAUCGGAGCGAAACUGGAGGGCAAUUAUUCAGGCUGCCAUUCUGUAGCCUGGGAUGCCAAUUCGCCUCAUGCAUCUGGAAACCGAAAAUUGACUAACCAGUACACCAAGUCCGGUUAUCCUCUCGGUGUCAUGGUGAAUAUCGACGGCAAGCGUUUUGUGGAUGAAGGGUUUGAUUUGCGUAACUACACCUAUGCCAUAUUCGGGAAAGAAAUCUUGAAGCAACCGCAGGGCGUCGCAUUCCAGAUAUGGGAUGCGGACGGAGUUGCUUUACUUCGUAAGGAAGAAUACGCCGACGACGUUACGACAAAUUUGAGAGCAGAAACGCUCGAUGGACUUGCGGAUAUACUCAUAGAAAAGGGAUUAAAGGAUAAGGGACGGUUUCUUGAGACCAUUGCUGAGUUCAACGAUGCGUGUAAGAACUUUCAGCGUGAACAUCCUGAGCGGAAAUUUGAUCCGAGCGUCAAAGACGGUUUGUCUACGCAGGGUACGAAUAAAUCACUUGCAUUGGGUAAAACGAAUUGGGCCAGGCCUAUCGAGCGCGGACCGUUCCAAGCUGUUGAAGUGACGUGUGGUAUCACAUUUACAUUCGGCGGGCUGGCGGUUACGUCUCGUGCGGAGGUCGUGAGUGAAGCUACUAGAAAUAGAAUUGAUGGUCUUUGGUGCGCUGGUGAGCUGCUUGGUGGCUUGUUCUGGGAUAAUUAUCCUGGUGGUAGUGGAUUGACUAUGGGGACGGUGAUGGGGAGGAUUGCGGGGCAGGAGGCUGCGUUGAGAGCGAAAAGUCGGUGAUGGGAUGGGAUUGUGGGUGGAUAUGGUAGUAUUUAAUUGUGCAGAUCAGACAUAAAUUCUAGGCGGAAAUGUUCUCUCUUAACCU